CUUAAUUUUCUGAAGAGCAACGUUAUGGGACACGCAACAGAAAUAUUAGUUUUCGCCGGUAUAGUUAUAUUAAGCUUGAUUGUUAUGUGCUUGAUCAAUCAAGUUCAAGAAAAUCCAUAUAUGGAUGAAAUUUUUCAUAUUCGGCAAGUUAAACAUUACUGUCAUGGAAAUUUUUCAGUGUGGGAUCCAAUGAUAACAACCCUCCCUGGUUUAUAUUUAGUAACAGUUGGAAUCUUGAAGCCCAUAAUUCUCCUUCUGGGUGCUGAAUCGGUGUGUUCUGUAAUGGGUCUCCGAUUCAUAAAUGUUUUGUUCCAGGCCGGAACCUUCUACGUACUGAAAGAGAUCUAUAAAACAAUCCACUCACCACCGACAGGGGAGAAGGAUGUCAUUAGGAUGGCCCUGAUUACUGCUGUGACCUUGACCUUGUUCCCUUUGCUCUACUUUUUCACCUUUUUGUACUACACUGACCCAGGAUCCACAUUCUUUGUGCUUCUGAUGUAUCUGUUUCAUCUUCGUGGAAAUAAAUCCUUGGCAGCUUUUAUGGGAGGAGAAUCCAUUUUGUUUCGUCAGUCGAAUGUUAUCUGGGUCGUCUUCAUGGCAGGUUUAACAGCAGCAGACAUCGUUCAGGAAUGGAUGAAAAGCCAAACUCAUGUGAAGAAAAAAGACAAGACAUCAACUCCUACCUCAGAAGGACAAGUCAUCUUUAAUUUCUUAAAACUUCUGUUCACAAACUUUAAAUCAACACCACAGAAUAUCCUAAAACUAGUAUGCCAUAUACUUAUGGGGUCUUUUUAUUACAUUAGUGUUAUAGGCCUUUUCGGGUUAUUUGUACACUAUAAUGGGGGGAUCGUUGUGGGGGAUAAAUCUCAACAUGAGGCCUGUUUAAACUAUCCCCAAGUCUUCUAUUUUGUUUCCUUUACUGUGUUGUUUUUAAGUCCAUACACGAUCAGUCCCUCACGAAUCGCCAACUUCAUCCUGUUCUGUGUAAAUCACAUUCCAUUUACUGUAGCGUUCUUGUCAGUGUCAUAUGCCCUAGUCAAUAAAUAUACCUAUGUUCAUCUAUACUUAAUAUCAGACAACAGGCAUUAUACAUUCUAUGUUUGGAAUAAAAUCUAUGAGUCAAGAAUACCAUACAUUAGAUAUGCCUUGAUCCCAGCUUAUUAUUAUGGAAUCUUCUCCCUAUUUCAAACAAUGAAACACAAAAAUGUCUUUUGGAAAAUAGUUUUCUCAGUAUGUUUGUUGGCAGCUACGAUACCUCAGAAACUGUUAGAAUUUCGUUACUUUAUUUUGCCUUACCUAAUAUACAGAGUAAAUGUUAAGGAUGUUUCUUGGAUGAACUUGCUGUUAGAAGUCAUAAUUUAUGUGUUAGUGAAUGUCUUUACGAUAUAUAUGUUUAUUGCCAGACCUUUUAAAUGGGGAGACAAUGUUGAAUUACAACGAUUUAUGUGGUAAAUUAUUUGUGUUAAAAAAUUUGUGUACAGUAAAACUCCUUUGAAAGAA